AUGUCAGAACCUCUAUCAUUUUUCGACCCCUUCGCUUCGAGGAAGGACGUUGGGAAUGAUAUUAGAUUUGGCGCUCCACCAAGCGAAUCCCUGCUACCAGUUACAGGUCAGGGCAUCAUCGCGGUGUCUUCCAGCGCUAAAGUCCAAAUAUUGUUCGUCAUAAACUGCCCAAAGAAGUCGCAGAAUAAUCUUUACCUACAAAUUGGCGCUGCAGAGAUCUCGUUGUCGUUUGGACCAAGCAUGACACGUACUGAAAGCAUUCCUACCAAACUUAUCCAGCAAGAAUCGGCAUGUUAUUUGAAUCCUGGGGUUCAAACUACGUAUUGGUUGUCGAUUGAUGGUCCCAAUGGAGUAUUGAGAUAUGGGAAAUAUUACACCAAUAAAUCGAUGACACUGCUGGAGGCGACUUUGAAGAAGGAGGAAAAGCCAGGAGUGCCUGUUUGGAUCAGUAGUGAAUACAGUUGGCUUGCAGAUUUGAAAGAUGUGGAUAUCGUAACAACAGAAUCGGCUGCAUACACAAAAGUCAUCAUCCAUCCACUACCAGUAGUCAUCGAACUCUCACCAUUCAUCAUCUCUAGUCAAGAUGCAUCCCUGCCCGACCUUAACCAAGGAAAAUACGCCAUACCAGUCAACCUACCACAAGCUUGCCAAGUCCUAUACGGCAAUGUAGCUGGCCCAAACAUUAUAUUGGAUACACCCGCCUUUCCCGAUUUCUCUGCAGCUAUCGAACGCAGCGUCAGCACACCUGGUCUUUGGGGGCACACCAAAUUGAUGGAGAAGUCGACAGAAUUCGGAUCCACGCCGAACUUCGAAGGAACUUAUCUUCGCAUCACAAUAGGUCACAAUCUUGGCGAUUCUCCAGGGAUUCCAUUUGUGCUGGAAAUCUGGCCGGCAGGACAUUACUCCCCGAUUCAUGAUCAUGGGAAUGCAUGUGCUGUCAUCAAGGUUCUCCACGGAGAGAUAACAGCAAGAUUCUUCGACGCUUUGACGGCACAAGGUGGUCCACACAUGAUUGGACAUAAUGCAAUCACGCUGAAAAAAGAUAUGGUAACCUGGCUAGGCGAAAACGACUAUCAAGUUCACCAGCUCAGAAAUACGUCUUUAGAGGUGUGCUGCACAAUUCAAUGCUACAGAUAUCCGGAUGACAACGACAAGCAUUAUGAGGGGUUCAAUUAUAUAGAAGAGGGUGAAACUGAUGGAAAGGAGAAACUUUUCAUCCCGAACAGCGAUAUGGCUUUUGAGGAGUUCUGGGCGACGAUGAAAGCUGAGUGGGAUUCGCGAAAGAGAUAA